AUGGCACAUGAACAUUGUAAUAAAUGUUUUCUAGUUAAUUGUCUUCAUAUAUCUUCUUGUCCAUUAAUUUAUUGUCCUAAUGGAUGUUUUGCUCGUAUGCAUGAAUGUAAACGUCAAGAUCAUGAAUAUAUAUGUUCAAAUGCUUUUAUUUCAUGUUUAAAUGUUAAUUAUGGUUGUCCAUCUAUAAUUCGACGUUCUGAUCUUUCACGACAUUUACGUAUAUGUCCAGCAUCAAUAACAGUUUGUUCAUUUAUGUAUCAUCAUGAAUAUUAUUUAAAUAAUUUAGAAAAUUCUACAAAUAAAAAUCUUAUAGAAAUAAUUGCUUAUCGUGAUAAUAUAUGGCAUGAACAUAUUAUGGCAUUUCAAAAUAAACAACAACAAAUAUAUUCAAAUUUAAGAAAUAAAAAAUUAAAAAAUACUCAAAUUGAACAUAUUAUUCGUAGUGAAAAAUAUCGUUAUAUAACAAUGCCUGAAUGUGUGUUAAGUAGAAGUGAUGGUGUUAUAUGUAGUACAUGUCGAAAACAUCUUAGACAAUUAGAAGAAAAUGAAGAUCAACGUCUAUCAGAACUUAGUGAAGAGGAACGAAAACAAAUGAUUGAUUUUAAUUUAAAUUAUGAUAUUUCUUCUGAUAAAAUAUUAGUACCAUCUCUAGUCAAAAUGUCUUCCACAUUAGUUAAUUCAUCUGAUAUAUCAAAACUUUCAUCUUCAAAUUCUUUGACAACAAAUUCAAUAACAGAAUCAGUUGAAAAUAAUUCAAUGUCUAUUAUAUCUGAUAUGGAAUUACCAACAUCAUUUAUUUAUCGUUUAAAUUAUUUUUCUUCAAAUACACAUUACAAACCAUUAACAUCAUUUAAUAAAAGACCUGUAUUUUAUUGUCAUGCUUUAUGUCGUCGUGAUGAAAUUGAACAACAUUGGCAUAUACAUUUUCGUAUUGAUUGUAUUCUUAAUUUAUCACUUAUUCAACAAUGUCCAAAAUCUCAAUAUGGUUGUAAAUUUCAAUAUGAACGUCUUGAACCAUGUCAAUUUAAUGGACAAUCAAUUCAAAUACGUUUUGAUCAAAUGAAUGAUGCUAUUGCUUUUGAUUGGUAUCCAAAUAUAAAUGAAGAUUAUAAUAAUGAAUUAGAUUUUUUUCGAUUACCAUCAGAAAUACUUACGAAUAUUUUACUUAAAUUGGAUAGUUUAUCAUUAAGAAAUAUUUCACUUGUUUGUCGUCGUUUACGUGACUUAUGUCAAGAUUUAUUACCUUCACGAGGUAUUGUAGUUACUGAACAUGAACGUAAUGUACUUUCACAUGGAGAUGUUACUUGGAUCGAACGACAAAAACAUUGGUUAUUUACAAAUACUUCAUCUGCCGUUCCAAAAUGGCAAUUAAAAACUCCAAACAAAUCAACAUCAUUAACUCAACAUUUAAUAACAUGUCCAUAUGGUGAAACGAAAGAUCUACAAAAUGAACCACCAUUUGCUUUAAUCGAAUGGAAUAAAGAAAAUUCAGUAUUGAAACCUACUGUAUCAGAAUAA